AUGUCGGACUCUUCGUUGAAAAUUGGCUACCGCUCUGUUUUGCGUACGAUAACAGUUUUCACGGUUAUAUUUUUUAUGGAAUUCUAUAUUGUUUGGAAUUAUAUAGCUGAACUGGUUGAAACUGAUUUGCUUUUAAUAUUUUUGAUAAUUUCGAGAAGAUUUGGUAAUUUCACCACUGGUAUCAGUCGAUGUAUAAUUUUUGAAUGGAACUGUUUCUGUGUUAAGAAAUUGAGAAUAUCCUUUGACCAACUUGUCAAUAAAUCAAAUGCAACAAUACUGGAACCUAAUCAAAUAGUACUAUUAGAUGUUGUGACAAAAUACACAAAAUUAUUAAAAAAUAUUAAUUCUGUUGGAGUUCCGCUGAAGAUAACGAUACUGAGGGAUUGUUUUUUCACAUUUUUUUGCGUGAUAUACGCUUCUUUUGGAAUAGUGUAUGCACCAGAAAAUGCUAUAAACAAAGUCAUUAUUGUAAUUGUGGCUGUAUACAUGUCAACGUUGUUUUUACCUUGUGUAUUUAUGGAGCUUGCAAAAAUUGAAGUAGAUAAAAUAAGACUGAUAUAUGUAGAGAUAUCUGCCCAUAGUUCAGAUGAAGAAAUUCGCAGGAAGGCUCAGGACGCAUUAAUGUUGCUAGAGAUAGUUCCAUUCGAGUUCACGGUGUGGCGAUUCAUAUCUGUGAAUGUUUCACUGCCAUUUCAAUUCUUUGCACUGUUAACUACCUACGUCAUCGUGACUAUGCAAUUUAUGCAUGUGUUUGGAUAA